GUUUAGUUUGCGUGUCUUUGUAGGGUGUCGUUUUCUGUGAGCUUUUACGUAGGCGGGAAAUCGAUCGAUACUGCGGUAUCACAAGCUGAACGAAUAACAUGUGCAUUGUUUAAAAAUAAAGCAAAAUUUACUAUAACGAUAACAAUGGCAAAGUUAAUAGUGCUUUGUUUCGCUGUAUUUCUAACUGCGAAUGCCGAAUUUACUUGGAGACAUCAUAAUAAUGAAGAGUUGCCGCUAAUAUUGGAGAAAGUUCAUCAAAAAUGCCCAAACAUAUCGAGAGUUUACGCUCUUACCGAGCCGUCGGUACAAAAUGUUCCUCUUUACGUGAUUGAAUUCUCGGAUAAACCUGGAAUCCAUCAGCCUUAUAAGCCUGAAGUGAAAUAUAUCGGCAAUAUUCACGGGAAUGAGGUGCUGGGUCGGGAGUUGCUGCUAGGGCUAGCGCAUUAUUUGUGUGACCUGUACAUGAACCGCGACCGCCGCAUCCGAGCGCUCAUACACAACACGCGCAUCCAUCUGAUGCCGUCCAUGAACCCUGAUGGAUGGCAGUUGUCGACCGACACAGGAACCCAGGAUUAUCUCAUUGGCCGCUACAACAACCACACUGUGGAUCUGAACCGGAAUUUCCCGGAUCUAGACGCCAUCACAUUUGAGCUUGAGAGACAGGGCAUCAAUCACAACAACCACUUACUGAGAGAUGUGACCCGUCUUGCUGCUCCGCUCGAGCCUGAGACACGAGCGGUGAUGCGAUGGAUCAUGUCCAUACCGUUCGUGCUGAGCGCGGCCAUGCACGGCGGGGACCUGGUUGCCAACUAUCCAUACGACGAGAGCCGCAGUGGCGCCCCCGUCUCCGAGUACUCGGCCAGCCCUGACGACGACACUUUCAGGGCGUUGGCCCUGGCAUACGCGAUGAAUCACGCGGACAUGGCGUCCCCGCGCCGCCCGGGCUGCCACGCCACCAGCGCCGAUGACUCCGCCACUUACAACUUCGGCAAGCAGGGCGGCGUCACCAACGGCGCGGCCUGGUACAGCCUGAAGGGAGGCAUGCAAGAUUUCAACUACUUGGCCACGAAUGCGUUUGAAGUGACUUUGGAGCUCGGAUGCGAAAAGUACCCGAGUGCGGAUAAACUAGAGGCAGAAUGGGAGAGGAACAGGGAAGCCAUGUUGGCUUACUUGUGGAAGGCGCAUACGGGAGUGAAGGGUGUGGUGACUGAUGACUCUGGGUUUAUUCAGAACGCGGUGAUCUCCGUGGUGAACAUUACUGGACCGAUACCGAGGCCUAUCCGACAUGAUGUUACUACUGGUGCUUUCGGAGACUACUACCGCCUCCUUACCCCGGGCCACUACGAGAUAACCGCGAGCCACCCCGGCUACUUCUCCGUGUCACGAGUGGCUACAGUGCCUCACAACCAGAGCCAAGCGCACAUCCUCAACUUUAAGCUAGAGCCCACAACGAGCUGGUUCGACGAGGAGAUCGGGCCGUACCCGCGCGGGCUGCGCGAGGGCCAGCCGCGCAUCUACAAGCGCUCGCUCUACGAGAAGGUCGUCAACACCUUGGUGAAGACGGACAAACAUUCAACGAAGUAAACGAACCGCAGCACGGUCGCGUUCAUACCUACC